CAUUUCUAAAUGAAGGAUCCCAUGAAUCCAAGGGGCCGAGAGUAGUUGAUUUAACUAAAAGUGCUAAUGAAAAGUAUGAUGUAUAUGUUGAAGUAGGAUGGCCAACAUCAUCAACCACUCAUUUAUUUUUAAAAUGCAAUGCUUGGCCGAUUCAUCUAGUAGUAAAGGAAGACAAACACAUAAAAGUUCUUUUAAAAGAUGGUUCUCAAGCUAUAUUAUUUCCCAUUAAGAUUUUUUAUGGUGGCGAUCAAAUAUUGGCGGCUGUAUUUAUCUGUGGUAUUAAUCCUUGUAGUCCACUAGAAGAUGAAUAUAUGAAAUUAUUCCACCUGGUAAUGAAUCAUUUUAGCGUAGCAUUAACUCGCA